UACUAAAUUUUCGCUUCAGCAUACAAGUGUGUCUAGUUUAGAGCUGCCCUAACCGUAUGUGUGAUUCGUGACGGAAGGCAAAUUUUAUGCGGAAAUUUAAUAGAAAAAGUUUGUAUUUAGCUUGACUUGUGCAACAGGUUAUCGCUACCAGCUCACGGGUGUGUUAGUUCAUUAGCCAAUCGCUGGUCAAGUGUACAUUGCAGUGACUCCAGUAAACGCGGAUUCGGUUCCCAGUCAAGGCACUGCUGGCGAAAAAUAUGUCCCAUCAGAGAACUAAGUUCAAACUGAAAUCUACUGGUUGGGUGUGAAAGUGGUGAUAAGAAAGUUUUCCAAUUAACAAGUGGUAAGGCGGAUAUAUAGUUUCGGUUUCCCCCCGGCGGCUAAUCUCUGGGAAAUAAGUAUAGAAAGUUGAUCAUCGUCGCCCUUGGAAGUGGGGACGACUCGCAAGCUAGCUAGCUAGCACACAUCUGGUUUUCGAGCGUGCGGCGGAUUUGUGCAAACUACCACUCACUCUGGUUUACAUGACUGACUGUACGGGACGGCAAGGUCCCCCCAAAGUCAACUACAACGCUGUCGUUUGCGAAACCGUGGUCAAAUUUCCAACUGCAAACAAACUCAACCAUCAGCAGCAUCUACUGCAGCGGCAGCUUCAGCGACGGCUGCAAUCGAGUGCAUUCUUCAAGGAGAGUGUAACAUGAGCGAGUGAAAACUGUGAGAGACAAAUUGUUUGCAAUUUUUUAUUGUGACAAGAAAAAAGUUGUUUUUAAUGCACGUUGAAGAACUAAGAGUGCGCUGUUUCUUACUGGAAGUGAUUGUUUAAACGGAAGCCAUUAUUGCGCGAGAAAAAAAAAGUGUUGCAUUGUAAGCGGAGUACACGGAAGGAAACGUUGGUGGAAAAUUUGUCCAGUGUGUUGCGGAAGUAGGUCAUCGUGAAGGGAAUACUUUUGCCGUUUGGUCGAGAGAAAGCUGUGGCGGCUCGUUCCAACCUCUAUGGAGUUUCAGCUAGACAGCGCAGAGUACUGCCAGGCACAACACAAAUAAGCAGCACGCCCCCGUUGCGGUACGCGCCCUCAGAGAUCGAUCCCGUUUGCGGACGCAUAGCUGUACAAUCACCGAGGCCGUCACCGCCACCGUCAACAUACACAUACACACUCACAUACUCACCACCCGUCCCAUUCAUUUGGAGUCGUGAAUCGCCGUGAAGACCACCCCGCCCCACCCCGAGCGAGGCGAUAGAAGGAGAAGGAGAACGAGAGCGUAGCAGUGUCCGCCCCGUCGAGUAGGAGCAGGAAGUGCAACAGUUUUGUGAGGAGUUGAGUAAUCGCAAGGAAGUAAACAGUUGGCACACUCUGCCGGAGUAGCCGCUCGUUUGACGAAGAAAAGUGCAUGGACCGAAGAAUCGGAAGAGUGUGUCAUCGGUGUGUCCUUUUAGGAACGAAAGCAAGUCUACUGUUUGGAGAACAGGUGAAAAGUUACGGAGAAUAGACUGGACCUGAGCACAAAAUCUUUGUUCGUGUUGAUAUACAGUAUCCUGCAAAUUGUCGGUUUGGUAUUUGAGCAAAAAUUGUCACUUCCAACGUCCCUACUUCGAUAUCGCCCCAUUCACCGGUGUUGACGGCUUCCCCAGUGCAAAUUAGGAUCGUGUAGAGGAAAAUAGAGGCGAGAAUCGGUGUCAACCUUAUUAUUCGUACUUGUGGAAAUAUUUACAAUAAUCACAGUCUCCUAAAUAUUCUGAUCCCUGGGUUGGGAUUCAAGUUACUAUUGUUAACUACUUGCUACGACUCGGUGGCUGAAAACUUUGCGGAUUGAGACUGAACGUUUCUACGCGUACAACCAUUCUAAAUCUAAAACAGACGAAGCAUUUCCAGAACCAUUGUUUGUUCAGAGCAUCAAAACGACAGCGAAGACAACAUCAUUAGCGCCUAAAACAAAUCGUAGUGAAGCACACACUCACACAAACACACACACAUUCAUUCACGCUAUCCAUCGACGCAACGGGACAUCUAAUCGCCAUUCAAUCUGGUCGUUCGUCGCACUGCAUCGCAUCGCAAAUUCAUCUAAUCGUCGUCUAGCAUUAUUCUCAUCGAUACUAGUAAGGAAGGAUUAUCAUCAACUAGCGUUCUGUAUAAUUAACACAAAUACAAUUAAUCGGAACCACAUUGAAAAUCAUUGUUAACAUCGUCAAAACUCCAACGUUUCCAGCGCACCAUUUUGAUAAUUGUAAACAGUCUGAAUUAAUAAGCAGACGGUCUCAGGUGAACAGAAGAAAACGAAAUUGUGUAGAAUUUAGUGACGUCGUUUUUUUGAUACCAGCGAGACGGAGAACCUCUACCGGCAGCAAGAGGAAGACCACGAUCCGAUCAGCGUCAUUUAAGCUUCCCAAACAACCAACCGAACCGAGCAAACAAACUCACUCGGUUGUUUCAAGGAUUGAACUGAAUCAUCAUAGCUGUGUUUACCCACGAGAAACCACUGAGCAGAGUUGGAGAAUAUAGCGACGCCGUGCAGGUUCGUCUGGGAGUACUCUUCGUAGUAGCCGCUCCUUAGAUUGUCGGAGGAUAGACAAUACGUCGCAAUACUAAGAGUGCUCUGUUUUGUCCGAACGGUGGAAUAAGUCACAAACGGCAAAGAUUCUGUGUGAUCUGUCAUUCGGAUCAAAUCGUGUUAAGACUAGCAAGCGAGUAUAACCAGAGCUAGAAUCGAAAUAUUCUAUUAUUUGUGAUAUAGCAUACAUCAUAUUUUUUUUAAGAAAUUGAUUUUAAUCUCGGUAAAUCCAAGCAAAUAUAUCGCAGGCGCAGUGCAGUGAUUUUAUCAGGAAAAAGCGACACAAGCAGCAAAGGAAACAUCGUUUCGAUAAGGAAAGCUGAUACUACUACAAGUAACUGAUCUACUACUACUACUACUUUUCGGUUGAAAGCGAUUCGUACUAGCGCGCGAGCAAACUAGCUUUGCCGGCCAAAUUCGCUAAUCCAUAUUCCGAGUGCGGACAUCGUUUAAUGACCACCGUCAUCAUGCGUCAGAAAGAUAUCAGACCAGCGCCGGCCCGGAUCGAAUUCAAGGGCAUGAAGUUCCUGAUUACGGACCGACCCUCGGAUCACAACAUCCAUGCCUACAUUGCGGAGCUCAAGAAACACAAUGUGUCGGUGGUGGUACGCGUUUGCGAGCCCAGCUACAAGAUCGAGGAACUCUCCAGCCAGGGCAUCCAAGUGCGAGAUCUUGCCUUCGAGGAUGGAACCUUCCCUCCGCAGAACAUUGUCGAGGAGUGGUUUGAAAUUUUGAAGCAAAACUUCUUGUACAGAUUGCAGGAAGAUCCGGAGGCUUGCGUAGCGGUACACUGUGUGGCAGGCCUUGGCCGAGCACCGGUUCUGGUGGCACUGGCACUGAUUGAACUAGGACUUAAGUACGAGGCAGCUGUGGAAAUGAUUAGGGAUAAAAGGAGAGGUGCUAUCAAUGCCAAACAACUAUCGUACUUAGAAAAGUAUAAGCCCAAGUCACGACUAAAGCACAAAAAUGGUCAUAAGAAUUCGUGCUGCGUGCAAUAAAACUAUCAAAAAUCCCACCAGUUAAAGUGUUCAUUUUAAACGAAAUCUAAAAAGAGAAAGAAAGCCGACAGCAGAGAGCGUAGAUCGCUGAGGGAAUGGUACGAAGCGCUUGGUUUUCGUGAAGGUGCCAGACAGCGCGAAUAAAAAAGACCAUACGAUUGUUUGAAACGACGAGCCAGAAGAAAGGUAGUGGCCACACUUUUCACCAAUGUUUAAAACAGAAACAGAAGGGCGAUGAAGCUAGAUAAUUGUAAAACAGGCAAACACACACAACAUAGAAAGAGAUAGACAGAGAGAGAGGCAGCAGAACUGUAAGGCAAAUUAUAUAUACACCUAAUUAAACAAAAAGGAUCUAACUAAAUAUUUGCAUAUAUAACUAGAAAAAGGCAGAUAAAUAAUACUAUCCCAAUAUCGUAUGAGUAUAUAAAUUAUUAAAAAAAAUGCAAAUACUUUUUUAACACAAACGAAACCAGCAGCUCAUUUACUUUACGAUGUUACGCGCGGGAUGUUUUGUCGCGUACUGGGUCCUGUUUGUUCGCUGGGUUACUUACUUUUUAUCUGCAUUCGCGGCGUGAACAGACUAAUAGUAACGACAAUGUUUAGUUGAAAUAUUACAGAGCAAAUAAUAGAUAAUGCUUUUAUACACACAUACACACAGAAAUAGCAAAAGCCAAUAAUAACCAGAACCGUUGAUUUAACCAGCUGGCUAGAUGGGACAUACGUUCACUAGCCGAACAAAGCACCGAAAGCUUGUGCAAUAUUGUCACCACACAAGAGGUUUUGUUUUAAUGUAAUAGGAAAAUCGUAUCGGAACACAGUACCAUAGUUGUUAGUUUUGUCAGAUAUCAUGUUAUUCGAAAUACUGCAAUAGCCAAUCGUGCUGUGGGAUAGUUGUUGUGGAGAAUGGUGUAUGUGCAUGACGGGUUUGUUUUAUGUUGGAGUAGUUCUUCUCCUUAGUGCACAUUCCUUAUACAGAAGCUUAACUCACGCUAACUCUCUAUGAAUAGGUAUUUUAAAUUUUCUAUUUCUCGAAUCGAUAUAUGUUGGAAGUGAAUGGAUCACUAUUGCCAUCUAGUAAAUUGUUAGCUAUGCAUAGUUUGACAGUUCUAGGUGCAAAGAAUCGAUCAUUCAAAUACGAGCUGCGGUUUAUGCUUGAGAAUUUUGGUUCAUUACGUCUGCUUUCAGCAACAAUUGUGGAAAAUUAGGACGUCGGAAAUGUUGAUUACAUAUAUUCGUCCAGUCAUGAGGGGGGUACUCACAAUGCCUAAUAUAGUAAAAAAAAUCUGUUUUGAAUAGUAAGAAUGCAUUCUAUUUUAUUAUAUUUCAAAGGAUUCACUCCUUGGGUUGUGACCAAUGGGGCGGAAUAGCAUUCGCGAAUAUCCCGAAUAAAACGCAGUAAUUGCUCUCUGCAAGAGCUAACCGGUGAAUUUCUUCAUCAAACUCUAUAUUUGAAAUCAGGAGAAAUGUUACGUUCGUUACGCAUAUGGUGAUCUUCAUCAUAUGAUGAUCUUAGGAAUAUCCGGAAGAUUACAGAUGCAUCUUAAUAUCUGAAACAUUAUAGUCUUAUCUACAGGCUACAUACGCAUCUAGUUCGAAGUUGUGCCUCUCACUCUCAAAUUGAAUUCUUUCAUGUAUUGCAAGAGCUAGGAGUUUGUCGAUGUCAAAGAUUCAGUUUGCAGAAUUUCUCACUUGCAGAGAAUCGCCCAGAGUGGUUUAGCAGAGCCCGCUAUAUGUGUACCUAUUUGUUUCUCAUCACAUUACUCGCAUUUAAGAACGACUAAUAGCAGAUCCUAAUUGCCGAAAGAAGUUUGCUGGAAAGUUCUAACAUACGCACAAAAAAUUUGAUAUAUUUAGGCUGAGCAUAUAUAUUCCUGCUAUCCAGGUUCAGAUGCAUCAAUAACCAUAGGGAUCUCGGCCGAAUUUGUUGCGAAUAAUGUAUUCAAAAUCACAUUAGAACUGAUAAGCUAUCAUGGUGGUGGCCCACAUGAGAGUCCAGAAUUCGCUCUUCCUGGGACCAGGUCAUGUGGACAGGCAUCAAUGAUGUAGGCUCGGUUUAGUUUCCGUGUUUAACUUAUCUGUCUAUAAUCGCAAGUUGUAUAUAGGAGAUUCUGUAUAUCAUGGGACAAAUAUGCGAUUAUGGGCAGUUCCUUAGUCUUCAGUUUCUACUGAAACUCGGAGUUGGAAACCCUAUUAACUUAUGCCAUUCGCUCUUUAUCCAACAUGAAGCCAGCUCUAGACGAGUCAACUUCCUUAGCAGAUGGUUCCCGUUAUCUCGGAAAGCAUACCUAAGGCUCGUCCAUGCUUCUUUUGUCGUUUUAGCCUCUAAACCAGAUAGUAGUUAAAUGAUUCAAUGCUGAGGCAGAUUGUUGCCAAAGUUCUAGCCAACGACUGUUUUUGGUCUGUGUAUCUUCGGAAGGGUUGACAUCAUUUAGAGCGACCUAUGUUUGUGUUUUUUUUGUGUGAGUCGAUCAAUUGUUACCGCUAUAGUUCGCGAAACGUAUCAGUGUCAUUCAACAGAUUUACAUGCUAUUGUUUAAAUCUGUAGCAAUCGAGUAUUCGCAAAAAAAUACCCUUUCCUAACAACGUUAAAUCCGUUGAUGGAAAGCGCAUCCGUAUAUCCAGCGAGAGCAGUAUCAAUGUGGUUAAAUUACUAAGGAAAUUCGAAAGUGUUGCAUUUGAAGAUUUAAUUAAGAACUCUUGAUGGUAGAUAGCGAGCAUAGCGUGGUUGAAUUGCCUUGCACGCUUUUCAUCUGGGUUUUGUUCUCAACCCCGCUCACAAGUUUAGACAAUCCAAAACAUGGCGAUCGAUGCGAAACCCUCUAUAAUUGAAACAAAAAAAGUUGGAAGGUGCAGUAAUCAGAAUGAUGGAGGGACGUUCACUUUCUUCAAUAAGGAUUAACUGAACUUUCCUCCAAAUACCCCUAGUUUCUAAUUUAGCAUUGCACACUUAAUUUUGUUCAACCAAAUCUAUGUUUUUUAUAACUCUUACCGAGUGUUACACAGCCGAGCGACCAGUAAACAAAGCUUCUGCUGGGAUUUCAGAACAAGUGACGUUUGUUACUAGCUUAGGCAGACUGCUUGCAGUGUCACUUCCUGAUUGACCAAAUGAGUGAAUAUGCACAAUUAACCAAAAAUGAUGCAUGAGAGGAGCAAAUGGUCGGUGUUAAGUCAGACCGGACUAAGUGACAUUGCAUUGAUUUCCAGAAAAACGAGUUUAAGGUUUUAAUCGCAGCGUCCUUUACAUUAUAAUUUAAAAUUAAUUGUUGCUAUAAUUCUUGCUUAUAUCAACAUAUUGCAAAUCUGGUUAAAGUCGAAUGUAGCUGAAGAAAUUCUUUAUCCAGUGCUCCGGUCUGACUUAACACCGAAUAAAUCAUUCUCACUGUGCAUGUUUCACUGACCCAAUAUUUUCAUAAAAACGCUGGUCACGCCCAAUGCUCUUAUACCGGGGAAGGAAAGGAAUGUUAGUUUGACACUCGCUGUUGAUAGAGACCGAGACUACCUCUGCAUAUCCACGAGCAGUACGGGAAAGGAUUUGUGUUAGUAGGGCGGGGGACAAAUCAGGAGGUACGUCUUGAUAGACAUUAUAAUCUUAGCAAUAUGCAUGAAAGUUGUUCGCGUUCAAUUUCCGAGAAUUUUAAACGAGCAACUUGAACUCAGGAUAUGCGGUCAUUGAGAGUGUUACUUCUUAUUUACACCUCAAUGAUCAUUUCAGGAUUUAUUUAGUUUUCGUUAAGCUUGAGCGAAAAAAUGUCUUGAAACAUACUCAAUCGAUAUUUUUUUCAAAUAUUUUUCACAAAAGGAAGCCUAGUAAAGGAAUAAAAUGAAAGUCGCGAAAAAAAAUAAUCGAGGGUAGUAAACAAACCGAAGCUACACCAGAAAAGUCCAUUUUAUUUGUGAAAAAAAAUUGAAAAAAAUUUGAGCGGCUCAAAAUGAGCAUUAUUUGUAUCGAAAGCUUUACUUUGCAUGACGGAUACAUUAACAGUUGCACGGCCGCGUCAUUUUUUCCCCUUCCCUGUCAACAUACUAUCCACAGAUCUUCACUUAUUCAGUUCCCAGCCGAAGCCAAUCUGAAUUACCCUCCAACCCCUACCGCUGUGAAAAAGUAUGAACUGACAGCGGUUGGGACUAGAAACACUCUAGAAAGAGAACAGCGGAGACUCCUUUUUGAAUCGAUUUGAUUCGCGUUUAGCUGUUAAAAAACGAAUCCAAUCGAACAUUCAUAUCCUUAUAACAUUGGACGUGUUGCCAUACAAUGCCGGGGCAUACGUAGCCAAAAAUGCUGUUUUUCUCUCCGCAGUUCUCUUACUAGAGUUUUUCUAGUUGUGACCAGAACCCAACCCAAACCCGGAUCCAAACAAAACCGGCAUAAGGUGGCUCAUACCGCGGUGGGUACCGCGGGGAAGUGAGGGAUAAGAGUUCUGUAUUAGAUGUGAAUGGCGACAUAGUUUGGCCUAAUGUUGCACAGUAAUAGAGCUUUGCUAACCAUUUUAGUGCAAGUGACAUUUGUUUGGCUGCAACUCGGAAAUAUAUUGUGGAAAAUAAGUAAAUUAUUGUCACUUUACUGAGGUACCAGUUGAAAAAUUUUACUGACUUUUGUGACUUUGGCAAUACUCUGUUUAUUUGAUGAUGAAAAUCCGUUAACGAGCAACUGGCACCGUAUCUACUCACGAUAACAGCUUAGUUUAGAAAAUGAACUCGAAGAAGCAUGUUCAUUCAGUAGGUAUGCAUUCGGUAUAAUGACCACUAAGUUGGCAAUUCCGGGGAAGUCUAUUGAGACAACUUUCAAAUAUGCUGACCCAUACAAAUGAGAAAAGAUGAAGUUUACAGAACCUCUAUUGUACGAAGGCAGGAAGCACAACGUAAAGCCCUAUUCUCACAGUCACCUCCAGCGAUGCCAGAUUUACAGACAUGUCUGUAUUUUACAGUCUUUUGAUGGUCUCCAAUAGACGUAAUCAGAAAUCUACACACUUUUAAAAGAGCAACAGUGUUUAACAAAAUCGCACUAGAAUAAUUUGAUCCGAAUACGAAUGAUUCCUUCACAAUAGUUUACUAAUUUCAAGUUGCUUUUAAAGUAAUAAUCUAGUGUAAAUAGGAUUUACACAAACAUCUACAGACUUUUACAGACAUUUUAAUUAUUCUUCUACAGACAUUUCUCAAAAACAUGCGGCAUCGCUGGUCACCUCACCAAGUAACAUUCACUAAAUAACGUGACUGAGAAACCCUGCCAUUGCGCGUGCAGACCUUCCACGGCGGACAAACAUUUGUUUCUUUGCCAACUGCGUCUAGCGAGUCAUUGCUGUCUCUCUCGUCGUAGACAAUCAUGGCGUCAUGGUUUAUGCUGUCUUGUAUUUCGCAAUCAGAUGAUCUUCCUUAAAAAGAGUUUAGUUAGUUGAACAUAGAAGUUAGCGCAAUCCAGCGUAGAUACAGUGUGCGGUACACGAAGUGUAACCAAUUAAAAAGGUCAUGAAUUUGGAUUGGCAUAUUAUUUUUAUUUACUUCAAAAAUACGGAAUGUGUGAAAAAUAUUCAGAAUCCAUUCACUCGUAAUGAAGUUCGGAACGUUAGGUUUCAGCCAUUCUUGGUUCACUCGCGCUUUGUGAGGUGGUGUCGAGUCUCGUUGUAACGACCAUGGUCUGCGACCGAAAUGUUUGUCUGCCCGUGGCUUCAAAACAGCCUCCAGAACACAUUCCCGAUAACAUGUCGCAUUUACCAAAGAGAAUAGGUAAAGAGACGAAGAGUGAAAAUCAGUCAAAACGGCAACACUCCCUUUAUGAUGAUUUUAACACUAGAAUUUUGGCAACCGCUUCCACAGGCAGCACUUUAAAUGACUCCUAUUAUAUUUUGAAAACAAACCGUACGUCGAUCGUUGGAUUGGUUUAUCAAAAGAUGUCCAUUUCGAAACAAAGAGAUGAAAUAAUUAUAAAGAUUGUUUUUACUCAUACAUAUACUCUAGGAUGCACCUUACAAUCACGAUUGAACUAAAUUCUGACGAAAACUCAAAUUUCUUUUUUGAUAGAUGUACAAUACUUAUCUCCUCUAACUCAGGCAUGAGUAAUGUUUAUUUACAUUGCACGAUUGGUCUGCUCAAUAAGGUAUUUUUGGCUUCACACUAUUCGUCUCUUUCCCUAUUCUCUUUGGCAUUUACUUUGACGCCAGGUUCGAUCAAAUCGAUUGGGCAGCGCCCAUCUGCGGGUACAGUGGCCCAAAUCAUUAUUUGUGGCGGGUGCUGCCUCCUGGUGGCCAACCGAUGGCUUAAAUUCUCGUAUGAAGGGUCGGACAAGUAAAUCCUAUCGUUUGGAAAAUUUACGAAUUGCCCAAUUCACGAAACAAAAAUUUAUAUGCAAAAUUCCCAAGUGGGAAAAUUUUGGACAGGACCAAUUUUUUUGUGCAUACCUUACAUAAAGUAUGGUUUUUUGUUUUAGUGUUUCGGAUUCUCCUCGUCAGUAACUAGCACCAUCUGGGUGUCCAGUUAGACUAUGUAUCUGAACUAGUACCCAAAUUUAUAAGAAAGCACGAUAUUCGGAAUUUGAUUGUUUUCGGCCAAUCUUCGACUCUCUCUCAAGUCUAGCUUGUUGCUGCUUCGGUAUGGGAUAAUGGACCUUUUGGAACUUGUAAGGGGGAGCUUUAGCUGUUUUACCAGUAUGCGUCGGAUGCUGCAGUCGAAUAUUUUCAGUUCUUUAGCCAUUUGAUUGAUAGUCAAUAGUCGUGGAUUUCGCUUAAGUCGAUACUUCUUUUCGAACCAUCUCGUUACGUUGCAAGUUUUUGAUAACCACCUCCAUGGCGUUUUGCGAUGCUACCAAUAUUAUUAUAAUGGGUUAUGGUGCGAGAAAAAAAACUUUAUUCACAUUAAGGUGUUCGUGCUCACGAACAAUCGCCGAUUUUGAUUUUUCAACUAAAUAUAAAGCAAACCUAUUAUUACGUUCGAAUUCCAUCACUGAUCACUUUUUUUUGCAUUCACUUUUGGAAAAAUGCUUUUGUGCGCUUGUAAACAAUUUUCUGAACUGCCAUUCAGCCAAUUUAUUGGCAGCUGAGGCAGCUGAUGCUAGUGCGACAGCUGCACGAACGGUCUGAAGUUGGUUACACUGUAAUGUAUCACAACUUCUAGUAGCAUUGAUAUGCGCCUGCGUGAUUCGCGCCAAUAAAAAUUUACUCGCUCUUAUCGCUUGGCGUGUGCAGCGCCAUCUGAAUGACUGGCUAAUUCAUCGCUUUGGUUGAUCGAUGCUAGAGAAGAUAUACACUGAAUCAAUUAAUCGACUAAGAACCGGGCGCUGGUGAGAUUGUUUUAUAUUAUUUUGCGACGCAUACACUGCCGCUAGAAGCAUAAUUGUCCCAUGUGUAUAGGGAUUCCCAUAGAACAUGGGACAGUUAUGCUUCUAGCGGCAGUACAUAUAAAUAAUCAAAAUAUUUUACUUAAAAUAAAUGUGAUUGCAUUGCAAAAUUGUCUUUUUUAUUCUGAAAGUGUGAAUAUAUUGCACGUACCCAAAUGUCAUGAAUGUAUUCGUGUGGGUGUUAUUAUACACGAAGGCCCUCUUAGAAUGUACGUGUAAUGCAUUCUUUAGAUGGGUCGCGUUGGAUGCAUAAUAGAGCUAUCACUUUUCACCUACAGGAUUAAAAUUUUGCAUUCUUCGUGUAUUCGUAUAUUCGUACAAAACAGCCCCAUUGACACUCGAGUUGAUCGUAACGUCACGGUAAUUUUUUUAUGCUUUGUUGCAAGAACUUACCGUACUAUUCACUAAAAAGCCGUACUGUAUCAAGAGGUCGUCUUAAGUUUAUUCGGUACAUGCCUGUUUAUCCUUCUCAGGACACGAAGAUUCGUCAGGUUUCCUCAGUUUGGACGAUCCACCUAGAACCUUGCUUCGGAUACCACUACCUCUUGCAUCAGUCUCGAGAAUCGUUUUACCGCGGUGCUCUAACAUACUAGUAUAACGCAUCUAUUGGCUCACAGUCAGGGUAAUCAGAAGUCGGUUUGUCAUUGACCAUGGUCAAUGACAAACCGGACGGGCCAUAGGCAUUUCAAAAGUGCCCCGCGCAAAAUGACGAUUGCUUUGAAAUGGAGCGAUCACUUCUGCCAACCUACGGCAGAUUGCUCUGCCGUGUUUUUCAUUCUUACUGGUCAGUAGGAUUAUUACACUACUCCUGCAACAGAGAUUCAAGUUCCGCAACGGAAGGUAGAACCAAGGCUUUUUCUUUUUGCUAGCUCCUUGAGGAACAUGCAGUUUAUCCUGAAUUGUCAUGAUUUUUUUUAAAAAGUUCAUUAGCGGGCUUCUUGAAUCACUCCAGCGAAUCUUCGAGCUAUCGCUCCCUUCCUGCUAGGAAACAAAUCGUACAUUAAUAAUUAUUGGGGAAUCUCGCGUUUGAGUGUCGUAUCAAAACUAUUCGAGCAGGUUGUUUUAAACCGUUUUUUCCUUCAUUGCAAACACUAUAUUGUAGACGACCAACAAGCUUUCAUACCUAAACGAUCGACAACAACGACCAAACUGAUCUCAUUCACAACUAAUUUAAUCGAUGGAUUCGCUGGCGGACUGCAAACCGAUGUUAUUAACAUGGAUCUAUCUACGGCGUACGAAAAAAUCAACCAUUGAUAUCACAAUAGAGAAGGUGGACAAAUUUGGUAUUCAUGGACAACUUCUGCGCUGGUUUAGCUCUUACCUCGAUAGAAGGCAACUCUAAAUCAACAUUAAAGAUUAUCUAUCUGUACCAUUUCUUGCUACAUUCGGCAUCCCGCAAGGAAGCCAUCUCGGAAUAAUACUGCCUCCUCUACUUUAAUGACGUUAAUACCAAAACACAAGGAUCUUUGUUUCAUCGACAAGAAUUUUUUUCGUUAAAUAUAGGUACAACCGAUGCCGAGUUUCUUCAGAGUGAACUGGACAGCUUUAGUAGGUGAUGUGAUAUAGAGCUUAGAAAAAUUGACAUCCCCGCGUUAGCUUGAAAGAGAAAUGAAAUUCAAUUCAUGCUCGCUGCGAUGAAUGAAAUGUUUGGUUUGUUUUCCUCGUCAUUCACGUUCGCAUAUGUUCGGUACAAAAAGCAAACUGAAUCUUGUUUCUAUGCUAGCUUUGAGAGAGAUUAGCGAAUAGCUCGAUAUUCGAAGACUCCACGGAAGGAUUGCUCGCGACUCUUGUUCACCGCGGACUUACUGUCUGCAAGUGUGCAUUUAGCAUCCCCUAUUUUAUCAGCUUCAUAUGAAAAUCCGUUUGAUGAGUUCUAACAGACGAACCAAGUCAAAUGUGAAUAAAUCCUUCCUCGGGUAUAUUUUUCUUAUCUUGUGUAAUGCAAAUAAAAAUAUCAUUUUUCUUUAAUUUUGCAACUGGAAAACCCCCUUAGCGAAAUUUAUGAAUAGUCUGAAACGGCCAUGAGACUAUGUCAAGGGACUAAAAAAGAACAUUAUUUGACAGCCUAAAAUACACUCAUAAAGAGUUCUGCCUCUGGGGGUAGAUAACUCUGGAAAUGUGCAUCAACUUUGAAAAAAUGCAUUUAAUGUUUAUUUUUGGAUCAACUUUACACUCCCUCGCAGACAAGUCUGUUCAACAAAUGCCUUACGCCGAUCCACUUCGUUCGAUGUUUUGCUGGAUGUAGAGCAAGUUUCUUGCAGGGAUUUGACGUCUUACACGCAACGCAAAACACCUUCUAAAUUUCUAUUUUGAUGGCAGGACAAUACAUGUUACAUCACAAGUGAUCUGCCCCUAGUAUGAAACUAUUUAUUUUCACCCUUAUUCUUGUUUACGACAAAUGUGAGAUUCGCUCGAAAGCGAUUCGAACGAAUAGUAAGCCCAUUUGAUUUUGCUGUCGUAAACGAGAAUACAAACCACUUUCGAACGAAUCUCGCAUUCGUCGUAAACAAGAAUAAGGGUGUUUACCUCGGAUCAUAUUUCUUUGAUUUAAAAUCCGUCAAUUAACGAACACAAUUCUCCACCAACAACUAACCACACACUUCGUAAUCAAUUUAAAUUAAUUUGAAAUAGCUACCUAAACGCAAUAAUUCGCAUUCAACCCCUCUCAGUUAACUAUAACAUGAACUCGUGUUCAUUAAACAGAAACCAAAUAUCGCUGUAAGCUUCGCACUUAAAACCUACCAAUAGAUCAAACAACUUUCCACUAUAGCAAUCGCUUCUGUUAACGUCCGCAAUGCAACACCCACUAUUUAUUUAGUAGAAUUUUUGUUCCAGUAUCCCAACGAAAGCAGUUCUAAAGUUUGCGACAAAACGUCCCGAAAUAGUCCGAUACCGAACCGAAUUAUGAAAUACCGAGCGAUCCUUCCUUGAUUGAAGCGCCUAUGUUUCUAUGAUUUUUACUAUAAUUUACGGUUAGUCAAAUCAAACGCAGACACUGGAAACUUUUGGAAAACAAAUAUGCUUAGGCAACAUAAAGCCGAAAUUUUGGUUAUCUCUUUAAGCAGACAAACCGAAUACACAACAAACCGAAACAUGAACGAAGGCACAUUAAUAUAUCAAAAAAUAAAGUAACUUUAUAAUAGUAGGAAUGCUGACGAAACUAAAAAUGCUCUAAUAAGAAAGGUAGGACAGGGCAAGGAUCCAUACACUAGUCUUGCGCGAUAACCAUUGUACUAAAUUUUACCAAAAAAAAAGUAACACUCACAUUCAUUCUGAACACACACACACACAAAACACCGCUGUGAAAAAGGAAGCACUUACUACUUCUGAUUUUGUCGCUUUAUUCCACGAGUCAAUCUCAGUUGAGAAAAUGAUGGAAACUAAUUUUUGAUACAUGUGUUUAGAACAGGUUUAGAACAUGCUUAGUUAAGAGAAUGCUAAGUCCUAUUUUAUCUCAUUGGAAACAUGUAAUAGUAAAUGAUAUGAAAGUGAAAAAAAACAUACACACCCAGAGAAAUAUAUUUAAACUUUACAAAUAAAAGAAUACUGCAAGUGGCUGUCGAGCGCGCUUACAUUGGACAUAAUUAAACAAUGUAACAUAGCCACGAGCAAACACAGACCAUAACUAUCUUGUUGCCGGAAAAGAAAACCGGUUUCCCGAAUAUCAAUGUCAACUCAAUCAGCAAUAAUGGAAAAUAAAUAAAUCUAUUUAAAGCAGUCAAGUGCGAAAACAUCUCGUCUGCCCAUUCAGCGAUCUUAAAGUGACUCUUAUACAUUGUUCCUUUAUGGGAAAAUAAAUCUUUUAAAAUGGUUAAUGCUAUCUAAAAUAUCAAAGGUAUUGUUGCUUUCACGCGCCAAAAACGAUACACCAACUUGGCCUUCCGGCCGAUAACUGACGCUAAGAAGCUAACCUGUCUAACAUUAUUUGGGUAACCAGAAGCAAUAUAACAAAAUUAGCAAAACGGGAAAUUUCCAGCACUUGACGCCUACUUUGAUUACACUGUGGGCACCAACCUGCACACGAGUCUAGAUCAUGUUUUAGGUACUACAAAAAAUCUUGCCUCUGCUCUUGAGCACUUGUUUCUUUUGGAGAUAUACAAUUAUCGGAUUAGUUUACUGUUUACAAGAAGUCCGUGAUAAAUAAAAAAAAAAAUAAAAAAAUGCAAAAUUGCUUUGAAAAGCCAAGUGGUGACUUCUCUCGUACCGGUUCUGGACUAGCUUCUAAUCUCGAAACUUUGUCGUAAAAACGAACACUUUUUCUGUCCCCAUCAUCAGCAUCAUUAGCGAACAUUAUUCUCUUUCCAAUCAUUUCCUUACCGUCACGUUUAAGGCAAACUUUCUUUACUUUUUCAUCCCUUAAAUUAUAACAAUGGAACUUGUCUUUGUGACCAACAGGUACUUAAACCAGUCGUCACAUACAUAUUUUACAAUGUAUCGUCAAAAAAAACAUAAAAAUAAAACAUCAAAGCUGUGAACUGUUUUAGACCACGAGGUAGGCACCUACAAUAAAGAUGAACCAUCACAAACGACGAAAUAUUUUACUACUUCGUUUGGCGUCCCAUUUGAGGAUUGUUAAAUUCUCGGAUGACGAUACCAACUGCUAAGAGAUAGGCACUUCAGUUUUCGAAAAAACAGAACAAUUUGUUAACCGUUUGAUAAGUAUGGAGUUACUUUUCAAAAGAAUAUCGGUCAUUGAGAGUAUAGAAAUCAUUCACACUACAUACAACUGGGUAAAACAUAUACUUAAUAAAGUAAGUAAUGAAAUGAGGUAAACAUAUAAAAAAGCAAAGUAUGCAGAAGUGAAACAAUAUUAUACUGAAAUAGAUAUUGUAAUUUUAUGAAAAAAAUAAUAAAGACGUUGUCUUAAUUGUGUCUCAUUUCUAA